UUACAACCCAUCUUCCCCGAAACAAAUAGCCAACAACCAAUGAAGUCUUUAGAUUAAUUUGUUGACUUUUGAGAGCGCUCAUAUAGCUUUUUUCCAGACGGAACCAGUUACUUCUUUCCACUCUUUGGUUAAUCUUUUACAUUGUUUCCUGAUUCAUUCCUUCCUCCAUAGAAAGAAUGGCGGUGGGAGAGCUCUUUCUUGCUGCGUUCCUUCAAGUGUUAUUUCACCGAUUGGCUUCACCCGAGUUGCUGGACUUUGCACGCCGAGAGCGACUUGAAAAAAAGCUGGACAAGUGGCGCAAGACGUUGUCAACGAUUCAAAAGGUGCUUGAUGAUGCAGAGGAGAAGGAAUUACAUGCUGAGGGUGCUGCAGUAAAAGAGUGGCUGGAUGAUCUCAAAGACUUGGCCUACGAUGUGGAGGACAUACUUGAUGAGUUUGCCACCGAUGUUUUGCGACGCAAAUUGAAGGGUAAAAAUCAGGCAAGUACUAGUAAGGUACGGAAUCUCAUCCCUGCUUAUUUUAGUGGUUUGACUCCUAGUGCUAUUAUGUUAAGAACUAGGCUGGAGUCAAAUAUCAAGGACAUCACUACUCGAGUUGAAGAUCUAGCGGCACGAAAAGAGAAACUCAAUUUGAGACAAAAUGUUGACAGGAGGUCAGAAAAAAUAAGAGUGACAGUACUGGCCCCAACUUCUUUACCGAACGAAGUUGUUUACGGCAGGGACGAAGAUAAAAAGGCUUUACUUGAUUUAUUGCUGAGUCAAGGAUCAAGCGAUAAAGUUUCUGUGAUUCCUAUAGUUGGUAUGGGGGGUAUUGGAAAGACAACCCUUGCCCAGUUUGUAUACAACGAUGAAGAAGUCAAAAGUUUGUUUCAUCUUAGAGCUUGGACUUGUGUUUCUGAAGAUUUCGAUGCUAUCAGGGUCACGAAAGAAAUUUUAAAAUCUCUUAGCCACGGAAGCAAUGAUGAUAAUAAUCUAGAUUUGUUACAAAUCAAAUUAAGCGAGGCCCUAAAAGGGAAGAAAUUUCUAGUCAUUCUGGAUGAUCUUUGGAAUGAGGAUUAUCAUCAUUGGACAAUCCUACUUGCUCCUUUCAAAGCAGGCGCUCCAGGAAGUGUUGUUAUUAUCACAACUCGCAAUCGAGAUAUUUCAAGAAUGGCGGGUACCACUCAAGCUUACCAGCUGGAUUUGUUGUCAAAUGACGCUUCUGUGUCCAUAUUUACCCAACAUGCCUUGGGGGUGGAAGACUUUUCUUCGCAUGCACACCUCAAAGACAUUGGUCUGGGAAUCGUUCGAAAAUGUAAAGGCUUGCCUUUAGCGGCAAAAAUACUUGGAGGCCUCUUGCGCUCAAAACAGGACCGUGAUGACUGGGAGGAAGUAUUGAAUAGCGAGAUAUGGAAUAUUUUAGAGGAAAAAAGUGGAAUCGUUCCAGCUCUUAUGUUCAGUUACUACCAUCUCCCAUCACAUUUGAAGAGAUGCUUUGCGUACUGUUCUAUACUCCCUAAAGAUUAUGAAUUUAAGGAGAAGCAGGUGGUUCUAUUAUGGAUGGCAGAAGGCUUGAUUCAACCGCAACAAAAAGGAAAGGAAAUGGAAGAUUUGGGUGCAAAGUAUUUUCACGAUUUGUUGUCAAGGUCAUUUUUCCAACAAUCCAGCAACGAUAAAUCUCGAUUUGUAAUGCAUGACCUCAUCAACGAUUUGGCUAAAUCAGUCGCUGGAAAUACAUGCUUUAGAAUGGAAGAUAGAGUUGAGGGUAGUAAACAAGGGAGUAUUUUUAAAAAGGCUCGCCAUUUGUCUUACCUAGGUGAUCGAUUUGAUGGUUUUAAAAAAUUUCUUAGGGGGUGUUAUUUGACCAAUUAUGUUUCUCUUGAAUUGUUGCCGAAAUUACGAUGCUUAAGGGUGCUCUCUUUGAACGGUUAUCACAUAACCGAGGUAUCAGAUUCAAUUGGUGAUAUGAUGCAUCUACGGUAUCUUGACCUUUCUCACACCCACAUCACUAACUUGCCUGAAUCAACAACCACACUCUACAAUUUACAGACAUUGUUGUUAGAAUGUUGCAAAUAUCUAGAGAAACUACCUUCAGAAUUUGGGAAUCUGGUCAACUUACGCCACCUCAAUAUUUUACAAGCAAGAUCACUAAAAGCAAUGCCUUUGCAUAUAGGCAAAUUAAAUUGUCUUCGAACGUUGUCUGAUUUCAUUGUGGGAAAAGAUUGUUGUUCGGGGUUAAAGGAGCUAGGGUCUUUGUCGCAUCUUCGAGGAACACUCUGCAUUUCAAAAUUGGAGAAUGUGAUUGAGCCAGAGGAUGCAAGAGACAUGAAUUUAAGUGGUAAGCCCAAGCUUGAUGGGUUGUCAUUGGGAUGGAGUGAAGACAUUGAUGACUCAAAGGACAGAACAAGUGAAAAAGAGUUUCUCAACAUGCUACAGCCUCGCAACGUUUUGAAAGAACUCACUAUUACGUGUUAUGGGGGUACAGAAUUUCCGACAUGGUUAAACCGUACUUCGCUUCCUAAUCUGGUGUUCUUGACUAUUGAAAAUUGUAAAAAGUGCACAUUAUUGCCACCAUUGGGGAAACUUGCAUCACUCAGAGUCCUUUCGAUCAAGGGGAUGGCUAGCGUGAAGAGUAUUGGUCCUGAAAUUUGUGAGGAUGGUUCGUCACAACCUUUUAGAUCUUUGGAGACUCUGAAUUUCGAGAAUAUGGAGGAGUGGGAGAACUGGAGUCCUUGUGAAUCAUUCUCAAACUUACACGAGCUCUCUAUAAAAAAUUGUCCCAAGCUCUUUGGAAAUUUACCAAACCACCUUCCUUCACUUGAAAAGGUUGAGAUAGAUAGAUGUUGGAAUUUAGUGGUCUUAGUUUCGAGCUUUCCAGAUCGAUGCAAAAUAAAAUUUGAGGGAUCCGAAGGGGUGGUGUGCGGAAGAGAAGUUGAUUUUAGCUCGCUAAAAUUUGAGUAUCUUUCAACAAUUUCAGUAUUUGAAUCUCGAAUGAAAGUGUUAAUUACAAUGGGUGGGCUGGCAAAUGUACAAACAUUAGAGGUUAAUGGAUGCAAGGAACUGACGCAUUUGUGGUCGAAUGCGGUGGGAUCAUUUCCACAUCUCCCACGUCUUCGUGAUCUGUCGGUUUCUGGUUGUCCAAAACUAGUUUCGUUGGUUGCUAAAGGCCAGCUCCCUCCAACUCUAGAGGAACUAAUUAUACAGAAUUGCAAAAAUAUUCAGAUUUUGGUAGAGGAGGAUGACACCAACAGUUAUGGCAGUAGCGGUGACAACAACACAUCUCUUCUUCAGGUUUUGAACAUUUCCCAGUGUCCCUCCCUCAAAUCCCUAAUAUCAAGCGAUGAAUUACCUGCAGCACUUCAAACAUUAUGGAUUAAUUCAUGUCCAGAGCUAGAGUCAAUAGCUAAGGAACUACAUCAUAAUUCAUUGCUUAAAACCAUUGGCAUUGAUAAUUGUGGAAAUCUUAAAUCCUUACCCACUGGCAUACACAGUCUCAGCCAUCUAAGCAGUAUUACGAUAGAAGAUAAUCCGAGUCUCGAUUUCUUACCUGACGGUGAGUUGCUGCCUGCGAACCUGACAUUCCUUCAUCUUUCUAGCUGCAAGAAAAUGCAGGCCGUGGUCAAUCGCAUACACACCUGCACCUUUCUUCAAGAUUUGAGAAUGGGGAAAUGUCCAUGUGCAUCCUUUCCAGAAGAAGGUUUUCCCACCAACCUGACACGACUUUCGAUCCAUGAUAGCAGUAUCGCUCAGGGCUUGUUUGAGUGGGGGUUGCACAAGAUUACCUCUCUCAAAAUUCUUCGAAUUUGCGAUGGAUCUUCGCACCUGGUGUCCUUUCCAGAGAUGAAGCUGCCUACUUCUCUAACCCAGUUGGCCAUCGAUAACUUUCCGAAUCUGAAAUACUUGUCUUCCGAGGGCUUUCGAAACCUCACAUCACUUAAACACCUGUGUAUCUUAAAUUGCGAAAAACUAGCAUCCUUUCCAAAGAAGGGCCUAGGCCUACCUCCCUCACUCCGAAGACUUGGCAUUGUUGAUUGUAAAAGGUUCACGUCAUUCUCAACGAAGUGUCUGCCGCUCUCACUCCUGGAACUUUAUAUCUUUGAAUGUCCUCAGUUGGAAGAAUGGUGCAAGAAAGAUCGAGGACGGGAGGGGUCUACGACAGCCCACAUCCCUUUCAUUUCAUUUGAUAGUUAUACCGCGAUAUGGUAAAUUUCUUAUGUAUCUCUAACUACUUAAGACUUGAUUGCUAAUUAGAGUAUCAGUUUCACA